UAGCAUUUAAUUUAUUUGCAAUUCAGUACAUUAUUUUAGAUUUUGGGCUUGUGAUCCAGUUGUAAAGUGUGUUUAAUUUAAGAUUUGUUUUGAGACAUGGUUUAGUCCAGGUUUAGUCCUGGUUUAGACCUUGUUUACAGCAGAAUUAGUUUAAGAUUGUUUUGUUCCAGCUUUCGUACAUUUCAGACAAAGUGUAGUCCUGGAUCAGACCUGGUUUAGACCUGGUUUAGUCCUGGUUUAGACCUUGUUUAGUCCUGGUUUAGACCUUGUUUACACCAGAAUUAGUUUAAGAUUGUUUUUUUCCAGAUUUCUUUUCAGACCUAGUGUUGUUCUGGAUCAGACAUGGUUUAGACCUGGUUUAGUCCUUGUUUAGACCUGAUUUAGUCCUUGUUUAGACCUGGUUUAGCUCUGGUUUAGACCUUGUUUACAGCAGAGUUGGCUGUUUUAGUCCUUGUUUUGUCCUUGUUUAGUCCUGGUUCUGUCCUGGUUUAGUCCUUGUUUAUUUUCUUGUUUACAGCAGAAUUGGUUUAAGAUUUUUUUUGUUCCAGCUUUUGUACAUUUCAGACAAAGCGUAGUCCUGGAGCAGACGUUGUUUAGACCUGGUUUAGUCCUUGUUUAGACCUGGUUUAGACCUGGUUUAGACCUUGUAUAGAGCAGAAUUGGUUUAAUUCAACUCUUUUCCUAAGUUUUAUUAUUUAUAUAUUUCAUUAGGCUUAGAUAGAUUAAGAACAAAGUCAUACGGCAAUUAAAUAUUUUUUUUGCUAAUUUACACCCCAAAUCUUCAGACAUGUUGGCGCAUAUUUGCAAAUAUUAUUCCGCCAUUUUGUGAAGCCAUUGUUUUUGAUGCUCAGGAAAACCUUUCGAAAUGGAGGGCCUGGAGAAGCUGGAUGUCGUGGGGGACAUUAGCCCAGCUCUGGAGGCUACAGAAGACUUCAUUCACUGCGUCGACGGUAUUCACCCCCAAAACAUGAGCCAGGAAGUCAGCCGAACCAUGUCCCGACCCGCUAAACAACUCCAAGAAGUGUCAAACGCCGCGAUGGGAAAGCUGAAAUCCAGCGGAGUUUGGGGAAUCUUGUCCGGGGAGCAAGAAGUCGGACCUUUGGGGUUGGCUUGGGCGGAUAACUUCACGGUUUUAGGAUUAGGGGGUAUGGGGUUCAGGCAUGGGAAAAGAAGCAGAGCCAGAUCUACGAAUGAUUUAGCGGGGCAUAGCAAAGAGUGUACGAACAAUAGCACAAACUCGGCGGCCAAUUCGGUUUUCAAAAAGGGACACAAUCGCUCCAGGUCGGAUGUGAACUACAGACCUUCUGCCUUCACGGACAACGGACUGCCCACGGUGGACGGAAACACGCUGAAGAAUAUGAUCCUCAAUCAGCAACAAGAAGCAGAGAAGAGCCUGAGCAGUGGCAGUGUGGUGAAGCAGGGCGCGCUGGAGCACAGAGAGGGCACUAGGGGGCGCUGGACCAACUGUCACGUGGAGCUAACUCCCUGUGAGCUGCGGCUGUACACUUUAGACAGCAGCGCCAAUCGCCAACUGGGCACUGCCUACUCCCUGUCCCACUGCCAAAGCGCCGCCACGCCCGCCCUGGGGCAGCCGGCCGACCCGCGCACCCUCCAAGCCGUGUUCUUCAACAGCACCGUUCUGCAUUUACGCGCUUCUUGCCAGUGGGAGGCACUAGAAUGGAAGAGAGCCAUUUGGGAGACGGUGCAAGCUGCGAAACCACGGCAACCGGAAAAACAAAAAAUCGACAAAUUCCCGCCGGUUUCGCCAUCAUCUUCGCCCUCUCCGUGUGGGUUGGAUACGAGGCCGGAUCUGGACAGCGACUCCCUAUCCCCAGACGCUUCCCUUUCCUCCCAGUCAUCCUCUGUGGCGUUGAACAGGCCGACGACUCUGCCGCUGUUCACACAGAGGUGCCCAGAUGUGUUGAAGGCGGGGCUCUUGUAUCAGCUGGUGGAUCAGAGUAACUGGAGAGCCUAUACGUUUGUGUUGACCCGGACAAUGCUCCAGGUGUUUCCUACAGAGGGGAGGGGCCCCGUGACCAAACCUGUGCAUCAGUACACGCUGGCCUCAUGUACAUCUAUUCAACACGGUCCAGACUUGUGGACACAGCGUGCAGACUGUUUCCAGGUGGUCUUCUCUAAGGAGAUGGUCCGACUCCGAGCGGACGGUCAGACCAAGGCGGAGGAGUGGGUCAGAGCCCUCCAGGGGGCAGCGGAGGAGCAGCGCCCUGCCCAGAGAAUGGCAGGAGGAGGGGCCGAGGACGAGGAGGAGGCGGAGGUGGUGGAGGCGGCUCCGGGCCUACAGGGGGUGCUGCUGAGGUCCAGGCCCAGCAGAGACAGGAAGCAGAGGGAGGCACAGCGGGCCAAGAGGCAGUCGGUCACUACGAGUUUUCUGAGUCUACUCACCUGCCUGUCUGUGGAGAAGGGCCUCACCGCGCAGAGCUUCAAAUGUGCAGGAUGCCAGCGCCCUGUGGGUCUGUCUCGGGGAAAGGCUAAAGUGUGUUUGUACAGCGGUUGGUACUACUGCUCCAGCUGCCACCAGGACCACACCUUCCUCAUCCCAGCCAGACUGCUCCACAACUGGGACACCACCCGGCACAAGGUGUCUAAACAGGCGAAGGAGUUCCUGGAGUUCGUGUACGAGGAGCCCCUUCUGGACGUGCAGAGGUUGAACCCGUGUUUGUACGAUCACUCGGAGGCCCUGAGCUCAGUGCUGAGGCUCCGGCAGCAGCUGCAGUCUCUCAGGGCCUAUCUGUUCAACUGCAGAGCGGCUGUGGCAGAGGACCUGAGGAGGAGGAUCUCUCCCCGGGAAUACCUUCUUCAGCACAUCCACUUGUACUCGCUGGCCGAUCUCCAACAGGUGAUCGACGGGAAACUGGCCCCGUUUCUGUCCAAAGUGAUCAAGUUCGCCAGCUCUCAUGUCUUCAACUGCAGUUUGUGUCGAGAGAAAGGCUUCAUCUGUGAACUGUGUCAGAACGGACAGGUGCUCUACCCUUUCCAGGAGAACGCCACCAAGAGAUGUGACAGCUGUGGGGCAGUCUUUCACUCCGAAUGCCGCCUCAAAGCUCAGCCGUGCCCUCGCUGUGUCCGCCGCGAGCUUCACCACAAGCGCCCCUCGUCCUUCUGGUCACCCGACGAAGACCCGGGCUGCCACCACCUGCCCUUCCAAGACACGUGAAAAUACACCCCCCUAGAUAAUUCCCCCCCAAAAAACUACCCCUUAAAUCCGCAGAGAGGGCGCAGGGACCUCGAGCCCGCAGUCCUGGAGCAGAGUGGAGCCGCGUCAGACGUGUUUGGGUUGCCAGGUUUGGAUCUGAGGGUUGCCAGGUUGGACGUUUACCUGGAAAAAAAAAAAAAAAAAAAACACAAAAGACUGAGACCCAUAACUUUAAACAGCAGGGAGAACUCAUCCACUCAAGUAUUUGUACUAAAACAGGUCCGAGUUAUUGUAAUAGCUUAAAGAUGUUUGUAAUCCAAGAUAAUCAAGUUAAAUGUGUGAAUGGUCCGGCUAUGUCCACAUAAAUAAGUUUCAUUAUUUUGUGUACGGAACAAUGAAAAUAAAUACUGGUGGAUAACUUCACCAGAGGACACUGCGAUUAGAAAGGUACUAUAAUUGCCCGAUUUGGCCCCUUUUGAAGUUAACCUGUUUAACUCUUUUAAAAGUGUAAUCUUUAUACUGUUUGCUAAGCUUAAAUACAUUAAUAUAAAAGUUUGACAAUUUCACUGUUUAUUCUUAAAAAAUAGAAACAAAAAGAUUGUAUUUGCAAAGAUAGCUGUUCAAACUUAACUCAACUGUGCUCUGUUUUCUAACAUUUGUUAAAGGUGCACUGUGUAACUUUUUGGUUAGGGGUCCGUCACCUGCUUGUUUCUAUGGCGAUGUCAUUGCUCUGUCUGGAAUGUUCCACAGUGUGACAUUAAACAGCUCUACCUUACAUUUAUUAAAUUACAGGUGGUUUUAUAGCUCAAAAAUACCUAAAAAAAAAAAAAAAAAGCUGGUAUUUUGACUCUGAGUGGGGUCGCCUCUCCACAGACCUGACCUGUAACUUGAUCUGGUUUGGUCUCCGUUAAGGGUGUGCAAAAAUAUUGAAAUAUUGAUUUAUCGUAUCGUUUAAUGUGAUAUAGUAUUGAUAUCAUGGGAUCCUGUAUCGAUAUAUCGCCAAGAAUAUUUUUUGGUGUAUUUUACUAAAUUAUUUAUAGUAGUUACAUCACUACAGUUGUGUUGUUUGAUUAGUGGAACAAAACUUGCUUAUGGGACACAUUUGACAUUUUCACUGUUUUGAUGAUUAAAGUAGGCAUGUUUCAUGUGAACUUUGCACAAGAAGUGGUUUAAAAAAAGCUUUUAGUGUCACUUUAUUUUUUUAUUGAACUGUAUCGAAUUGAUUUGAAAUAGAUUGUUUAGAAUCGAAAGUGCACUGUAUCAAGAUAUGUAUCGUAUCGUGGCCUAUGUAUCCAAGUAUGUAUUGUAUAUUGUAUCAGCAACUUCUUAAUGAUACCCAGCCCUAGUCUCUAUGUUAAUAGAAAAGUUUAGUACCAUACUGUGAAACAUUCCAGACAAAGCAAUAACAUUUCCAUGAAGAAAAGUAUUUGACGCACCCUCCACCAGAAAAGUUACUCAAUGCACCUUUUAUCAGAUAAAAUACUGAAUUUUCACGGACUUUGAUCAAGUAUUUAUCAGUAAAGCUGAUGCUAUUUCAAGAGUAAAUUUGAUCAAAUCAAACAAAUCUCAAAAUUGAGGUUUGUCUUAGUAUGGUUACUAUAGCAACUUCAGCGCUUGUGUUCAAAAUAUGUGGGCGAUACUAAUGCUGAUACUAUAUUUAAAAAUUUGCUUGCAGACUGUAAUAAUCAGUCUUUACAAUUUUUAUUUUGUUGUUUUGUGCGAUUUAAAGUCUUAAUAAAAGUUAGCACUGACGCACAAAGACGUACCUUUCUAAAAGCAGAUGAGUCCUCCGGUGAAGUUUUCCUUGCAUUUGUGUCCAGCCAUCAGAUCUGUCGGGAUUUAGUGAUUUUAGCGCAACUCGGCAAAAACCUCAUCGAGAUUCCAUUACAGCGGAAACGAAAUGGUCGCGCAGGUUGUCCCUAAAGACCAGAACUAGCCGAGUUGCACACAGAGCCGGUUCCUUCAGUGCAUGCACAAGUAAUCAUGCAUUGUUUUCAGCAGCGGCCCCUGUAAUUGUCACCCAGGCGUCAUAGAACUGUAGUUAAAUCCGCAACUCCCGUUUUAAGCACACAGGUACUAAAAUACAUGAUACUGAAACUAUUCAUGUGGACUCGGCCUCAUUGUUUCCCCUCGUCUUCCAUUUCCUGAGCCUCACCCAGAGCCGACCUUUCAAAAUAAAAGCCUUUCUUUACUGUCUCAUAAGCUGCUAUAGUUUGAGGUUUGGCGUCCAAUAAGUCAACACUGAAUGGCAGAACGCACAGCCAGCACAUGACAAGAACCCAACCUAUAGCUGUUUUACAAUGGGACUUUGUAUUGUUAAAAUAGUUGAGCAUCCAUACCAUCUAGUAGUUAUUUAAAGGUCCAUAUUACACCAUUUUCUGAUCUGUUAUGUUAUAAUGUUUCCUCCUCAAAAACAGACCUGGAGUUGUGUUUUUCAUUUACACAUUUAACACACAAACCCUGCGUAUAUAGGCGUAUUAUCUUUUCUCAAACAGAAAACACUCAUACAGGAAGUGCUUCACUGUGUUUUUAAACUCCAUACACCUUCACUCGAAUCAGUUUAGAUGAUUUCAGCGUUGAGAUUGUUCAUCUCUGCUGAACAAAAGGUAAAAUGUAGCUGUUCAUGUGAAAACUAUCACUUCAUGACAUCACAAGGCAGAACAGAGCAUUUAGUGCUGGAGAGGUAGACUAAUAAAGUAGGAUUACCAUAUUUUUUGGACUAUAAUUCGAACUAGAUUAUAAGGAGCAAUAUCAAUAAUGUUGAAUUCUCUUGUCUAUUUUCAUACAUAAGGUGCAUUGGAUUAUAAGGCGAAUUAAGCGUAACAAACGGACGACACUUGGCGUAACUCACCCGCCAUUGCCUCCCUGUCUUGGUUAAUGUGUAUUAUGUGAAUGUGGGUGGAUAAUAAACAUAUUUUUAUUAUUAUUUCCUACAAGGACUCAAAUAUACAUUGAGUAAUAAUGUGUUUAAUGCAGCUUUGUGCACAUUUGUUUACAUUUUACAGAAACAAAACUUAAAGCCACGUGGCUCAUUUGCAUAAACCAUAAGCGCUGAUAAAAAACUCGCUCCUUGUGCCCUGAUGCUCCUGACUACAGUAGCUGGAAUGGUCCAACAAUCCAUCAAGCAGUGCAGCUUCGUUCAUAGCUGAUCAAAGUCGUACUAAAUCAUUUCAACGGAGUUUUGAGCGCCGUGUACCACAUAAAAUCAGUUCGUGGUCAGUAAGCACAACCAGACUUAAUACAGAAUGUGCAUCAGACUAUAAGGCACACUGAUGAUUUUUGAGAAAAUUAAAGGAUUUUAAGUGCUCCUUAUAGUCUGAAAAAUACAGUACUCAAACUUGUGUGAAUGAAACACAACUCCGGGUAUGUUUCUGAGGAGGUAACAGCGUUAUAACAUGACUUAAUGCUCACAAGAGUUCAAUUUCCGUACUAUAGGAGCUUUAACAUUGUAUUUCUUGUUUAUCAGUGUUUCUGAAUACAGUGUGGUUACUAUGAGCGCAGGGACUGUGAGUUCCUCUGGCUCUCCUCUCAUUGGUUUAAAAUGUCAGGCAAUAAUUAUACAGUAAUAUAUUGUAACUUAUUCUUCGAGUGUUGCCUUUCGCUUCCCUCUCCUUUUUCCUCUGCGUCAAUCAUCUGAGCUUAAAGCCACGCUGUGUAACAUUUUUACUGAGAGUCCACCACCCGCUUGUGCUCAUGGAAAUGUCGCUGCUUGCCUGGAAUGUCCCACAGUAUAGCAUUAAGGUGGUUUUGCGAUUGCUAGUGUUUUAAAUGCGGAAAGUGAUCCUGAAAAUUGUGCAGUAUGGUCCCCUCUCCACAGAUCUGACCAGUAACUUACAGAUAGUACUACAUGCUUUUCUCCAUAGUGAUGUAGGUAUGUUUAAAACCAUAUUGUGGACCAUUCAAAGAAAAGCAAGAACAUCUCCGUAGAAACAAGCAGGUGGCGGACACUCCACAAGCAAAGUUACGUAGUGUAGCUUUAAAUGAAUAUAACCCAAACAGAGCAGUUAGCUUUAGCUUUAGCAUUUAGCCUCUCUAUGCAAACUAGACCUAGGCCUUUUCAAUCAGUGAUUUCGUUUAUAAAGGUCUAAACUGCAUUUUCACUUUUGUAGCAGCUGUGUUCCCAACUAAAGUCGUAUUUUGAGUUUUGACGUCGCCAUAGUUACUGAGUCUACGUAUUAUUUUGUCAGAGGGAAGUGUUUGGGGAGGGGGAAGUCAGUUCAUUUUGCCGCAGGAUUCGUCAAUAGCUUAUGAUUGCACUUCUAAUUGCGAUUUUUUUUUUUGACAAGCAUCGUGAUUGUACUUAAAACUUUACAGCAUUUACGAUUUGCUAAUUGCGUCAAAUUAAAUAUUUUUUUUGUAAUAAGAAUCAUGUAUUUUUGCUUUCAGAUUUUCUCUUUCUGAAGUGUGUGGCGGGAACACAGCUGCAAAUUUAUUAUCUUUUGUUUUAUUCUCUUUAAAAAUCUAAUUUAAUUUUCCUAAUUGUAAAGAAACUAUGUUGUGAUGGAUGGAAAUAUUUUUGUGAGUUAGUUACUGAGGCAUGUUGGACUAUUAAUCCCAGUUUGCUGUCAUCUAUAUUAGGAUUAUGACAAUGGACAAAAAUGAAAUUAUGAAAUGAAAAUUGUAUUAUUUAAGUUUACAGAAGUUUGAAUUGCUUGAUUUUUUAUUUAAGUUGCUUUCUGAGAUUAUUUAUGUUUUAUUUUGUUACCUUUCGAAAAAUGUAGCUCAGACGUCAAAGGGAAAUGUAGUUUUUGGUUUAUCUUGACAUAGAGAAUCCAAUAGGGCUGUAGUUGACAUGUCCUGAAGUUUGAUUGGUCGACUAAAAAGGGGGGCGUGGCCAAAUAUCUAAAAAAUAUACGUUGUCUGUUGUCCGAGGUCCCCGAGAAUCCGUGUGUCGUACAUUCAUUUGUUUUUCAAAAUAAAACCAAAAAUAAGAAACCAAAAAAACAACAAUUUUCUUCAUUACAACCAAAAUGAAAAAAUGAAUAAUGAUUAAUUUUUUCAGUUUUUGAUUUUGUCUUUAAAUGAAUUAUGGAAAACGGCCGUUUCCUGUUUACGUGACUUCCACAACUGCGAUGCCAGACUGAACCAGGACUGAACCAGGACUAAACCAGAUCCGGGACCAGGACCAGAACUGAGACCAGGAUUGAGACCGAGAACAGGACCGGGACUGAGACCGGGACCAGACCAGGACUGAGACUGGGACCAGACCAGGACCAGACCAUGAUUGAAACCGAGACCAGAUCAGAACCGAGACCAGGACGGAGACUGGGACCAGACCAGGACUGAAAAGGGUUUAGUCCUGGUUUAGUCCUGGUUCAGUCCUGGUUUAGUCCUGGUUCAGUCCUGGUUCAGUCCGGCAUCGCAGUUUAAGUCGUGUAAACAGGAAAUGGCCGUUAUCCAUUUUUUUUCCAUUUUUCAUUUAAACACAAAAUCGAAACCUGAAAAAACUAAUCAUUAUCUGUUUUUUCAUUUUGGUUUUAGAGACAAAUAAUGAAGAAAAUAUAUAUAUUUUUUUGUUUGUUUGUUUUCUAACUUUUGGUUUUAUCUUGAAAAACAAAUGAACGAAUGAUACACGGAUUCCAGAGUCUUAGUGCCCCAGAAUUGGAACCUCUGCUUAUUUAUUAAUAUUAGAGGGGGGCCCAUGUGAGUCUUCUUGCUCCGGGGCCCCCAAAUUUCUGUUCCUGGGCCUGUCUCCAUGUAUCUGACCCAAAAUGCGCUCACAGGACUUCACCUACAGAGGGAGUUCAUGCAAAAACUACUAUUUAUGGAGAAAAAAGUAUCAAGAAACAACAAAAUAUUAUGUAAAAACAGAUUAAAUUUUUGAAUCUGCCUUUUUACAUAAUAAAAUGUCUCAUAUAAAUCCUUUUAUUAAUCGAUUAAUACAAAUUUUGGUCAACAGGUAGAACCGAUUAAUCAACUACAGCCCUAAAAUCUACAGCACAAAAUGAUCUUAUAAUUUACAUGCAUACACUCAAACCUCCUGUAUGUAUGUGACCUGUACCUUUUGUUAUCUUCAGAUGUUUCAAUGCUGUUUUUGAAUGGGAAAUAUUUGAUUUCAUUUGCACUUUUUGUUUAAGUUAUUCAGAAUUUUCCUGUUUUUGUUGUUGCCAAUCCCAAAAUCCAGACUGGGACUUCAUCUGGAUUAAAAUUUGUUUCUCCACAGAUCACUGAUGCCAAUAAAGACCUCUUAACAACAAACAG